AUGGCAGCUAUCGAGUGCAUCAAGAUGAACAUCGAGCUGAUGAGGGUGAAGGAGGGCCUUCCUCAAGGUAUUCUGGGCCGUGCCGUAUUUCCACUAUUGAUAAAAUUUGGGCUCGGGGCCCUUGUCUCCCAGUACAAGGAUCUGUGGCCAAAACAACACGAUCAAGAGACGACAGAUAUCACCGGGCCAAGGGAGCAGGCUUACCUCUCUAGCCUCAGUACCUUUCGCAGAGCUCAAACCCGAGCCACUGAAAAUAGACCGAAGCCCACGCUGGAGAGGGCUAGCCCGCAAAUCCAACUCCGCGAUGGAUCGUCCCUGCCGCCACGCCCACCUGUGAUUUCGCCGUUGCGAGUAUCUCCUACCGGGUUGAUAUCUCAGUUUCGAACUGGGCCCAACGAAGAGGUCGUUCUAUUGCCACAGAGUACUGAUCUUGGAGAGGAUUGGGCCACACCGGACGACUACGCCCAACUUGCGACGGAAAUGUCGGAUUACUUGACUUGGGAUAUAGGAAAGUUCCCAGAAUGGGCAGAAUUUGAUAGUAAUCGCCCGUAG